AGAUUUUAUUAUUUAUUUCUUUUAUUAGUUAGUUAGGCUUUUAUUCUAAAAUUAUUUUAUAUUUAAAUUUUAAAUUUUAACAUAGUGUGAAUUUUUCAAUCAUGUAAUCUUUUUUGAAAUAAUUGCUUGUUCAAGUGAUUGGUAAAAAAAAUUAUUAUUUUUAUCAAAGUUUGGUGGGAAUGGUGAAUACUUGCAGGUAACCUCAACAACGAAAAUGAGAGAGAGUGGUAGAGCGAGAGAAUGGGAUGCAGGCACUGGACACAGGGCGCGGCAUCGACGGUCAGCACUGGGUAAUGAGAAGAUCAGAGUCCAAGAGAGAGGUCGACAGUGGAAGGGAGUGGAUACAAGGCAACUUAUCUGGAAUGGGAAUCAGAAUGAGCACAGAGAGUGGGGGUUUGAUAGAGGACAGUGGAAAGGAGGGAACUAGAGUAAGUACAGGCAGUGGGGGUAUGACAGAGGGCAAUAUAAGUAAGCUACAGCCUUCUUUUUUACAAAUAUGCCAGAGGACUGGAGCUACACAGAAAUGUGGAGAACGUUUGGCAAGUUUGGAAGGGUAUUUGAUAUUUAUAGUCCAUAGAGGAGAAGCAAGAACGGAAGGAGGUUCGGUUUUGUCAGCCAAAUACCCCGAGGAGAAAGAUAAAGGGGAGAGAGUAAGGAGAAUCAUCCCAUUAAAAGAAAUUGUUUAUGGGAAGUCAUAUGCUAAUGCUGUGAGAGGACAAGAAGGUCGUGGAUCCGGGAAAAGCGAAGAGAAGACACCUGAGAGCCCCUUGAAGCGUGAAGAAGAAAAAAGCAGAGCCCAUGAAAAGCAGAAGCAACCGAAGAGCGGACUAUGGCUGCAAGGAAGCUAUGUGGGAGUUGCUCACUCAGUGGAGAUUGUACCCAAUCUACAAGAGAAGUUUUACAUGGAAGGGUACUUCUCAUGUAGAUUAAGAGCUAUGGGGGGAAAACUGGUCUUUAUGGAUGGUGAGAACAAAGAUGAAAUUAAGGAUUUAGUGGAGGGAGCCUCGGAGUGCCAAGGAGCUCCUUUGCAUGCUUGGGGCCCAGAAUUCUUUGAAGAAUUGGCAUUAGUUUGGGGGAAAUGUAUAUGCUUGGAUGAUAGUACAAGAUUUUUAAUAUCAACAACAAUAAUGGACACAAUCUCUGUUCACCAGAAAGUUAAAGUCAAUGGGGAUAUAUAUGAGUUGAAGUUUUCAGAGGAGGAAUUGACAAAUAGCCUCUUCUCACUGAAGUAUGAUUUCAGGCCGUCUUUCAAUAGUGACUCAGAGCUUGAUGAGUCUUGGUCGGAUGCCUCGGAUUAUACAGCAGGCUUCGAUGGAGAUAGCGGGGGAGAAGAAAGCGAAGAUAACGCCGGAAAGAAUAUUUCAGGCAGAGGAACAUUUCCGAGCAAGGAGAGAGGAAGCAGGUUAGCUAUCACUUCAAGCUCAGAAGCAAAAUUUGAAUUUGAAGGAAAGAGUAAUGAUGAGGAUUGGUCAAAAAAGAAGGUUAGGCUCUCACAUAGCAGAUUAGGUGAGGAAGAGUCCAUUGAUGUGGUAGCAGAUAGCUUUGAAAUGGAUUUGGAAGAGGAUGACGCAAGGGAGAGAGGUGAUAUUGAAAUGUGUGUAUCAGGAAGUAAGGUGAAGACUGUCUCAAAUUCAAACUCUGCAGCAAGCUCCUGUAGCAACGAGAGGGGUAGUAUAGAAGGGAGUAGGGAAGAGGAGACGAGCACAACACAGAAAAAGGACAAGAAAAAGAGAAAGAAAAGGAGCAAAUCAUGCACUUCUGUUUACCAAAAAUCAAUCCUUCUUGGAUUCAUGAAGCAGAAGAAGAAAAGCAGGGGCAGAUGUGGCACGAGGCAAACGGAGGAAGAAGCAGUGUUGGUGUUCCUGCCAAACACAAGCAACUCAAUAGCGGGUGGUUCGGUAGGACAUAGCGGUAUUCAAAAUUGUAAUAGGCUGCUAAAGGAACUCCCCAACAAGCGGAUUGCUACUGAUAUAUGGGAGUGUGCGAAGAAGAUAGGGGCAGUGGCAGAGGAAGAAGAAUCGGUCAUUAAGAAACUUAAGGAGUUGGAGACUAGAGAUAGAACAACAAAGGAGAAAGAAAGCUUAAGGGGCCCGAGCAAGGAACAGAAGAGAAUUGUUAGAGAUUUAGUGAAUAGAGAAGGUGUGGACCUCUUAGCAAUUCAAGAAACUAAGAAGAGUGGAAUAGAUAGAAAAUUAUGUAGUUUGCUGUGGGGGUCAGAGGAGUUUGAUUGGGUGGCGAAGGAUUCGGUAAGAUUGUUGGGAGGUAUGGUUUGUGUAUGGAACUCUAAAGCGCUCAGAAUGAUAAAAGUUUGGGAGAGUGAGAACUUCAUCGGGAUACAGGGGAGGUGGGUAGCAGAGGAUGUUUGUGUUAAUAUCAUCAAUAUUUACUCUCCAUGUCAUUUAGCGGUAAAGAAUAUAGAGGAGAAAGUAGGAAGCAAAGCAGUAACUAUUGAGAUGAGGGAGUUUAAUAAUUUUAUAAUGGAAUCAGAACUGAUGGAGACACCAUUAGUGGGCAGAAAAUUCACAUGGUACCAACCGAGUGGCAAGUUGAUGAGUAGAAUCAACAGGUUCUUACUGUCUGAAGAGUGGCUAAAUAAGUGGGGGGAGGCAACUCAGUGGGGACUAACCAGAACUCAAGAAGGGUGUCGGGAGGUGAUAAGAGAAGCAUGGAGAAAGGAAUAUACUCAUGGGUGGGCCGGAUUUUGCCUCAAAGAAAAACUCAAGAACACCAAAGAGGUGUUGAAGAUAUGGAGCAGAAACUUGGUACCAGAAAUAGAAAGGAGAAUGAGAGAAGCUACGUCAGAGAUCUCGCAGCUAAAUGUGAAAGGAGAGACGGUUCAACUAUCUGAGGAAGAGAUUGAGAGAAGAAAACAGGCAUUCUUGAUUUUGUGGGACAACAUGAGAUACAAAGAGAGAGUCCAGAUUACAGAGGCUGAUAAAAUGAAAGAAGAAAGUGCCAUCUUUUUUGAGGAAACAUUCACGGAGAAGCAGUGGAUGAGACCAUCUGUAGAAGGACUCCAAUUCAAACAAAUUGCCCCAGCAGAUAAUGAUUAUCUCAUUGCAUCUUUUACUAAAGAAGGAAUCAAGACAGUGGUGUGGGACUGUGAAAGUUCAAAAGCACCGGGUCUGGAUGGCUUCAAUUUUAAAUUCAUCAAGAGUGAAUGGGAGACAAUCAAAGGCGAUGUUACUGAAUUUUUUCAUGAGUUUCAGAAGAAUGGCAAAAUUGUGAAGGGGGGUAUAUACAAAAUCCUUGCAAAGUUACUUGCUAACCGGCUUAAGAAGGUGCUGGUGGGAAUAGUUGGUGAACAGCAAAUGGCAUUUUUAAGCGGUCGGCAAUUAAUGGAUGGGGUUGUAAUAGUAAAUGAGGUCAUUGAUGAAGUAAAAAAGAAGAGGAAGGAAGCGUUUUUGUUUAAGAUUGACUUUGAGAAAGCUUACGACAAGGUUAGCUGGAGAUUUCUUGAUUUCAUGUUGCAAAAGACGGGUUUUUCAAAUACUUGGAGGAAAUGGAUUAUGGAGUGCCUAAGGUCAAGUAUGGUGUCGGUUGUGGUCAAUGGCAGCCCUACCAGACAAUUCUCUAUAUUCAGAGGCCUUCAGCAAGGGGAUCCACUAUGCCCAUUCUUAUUUUUGAUUAUUGUAGAAGGGAUUAAUGGGCUGGUUUUGAAGGCUGUGGAGAAAGGUUUAAUUGAAGGAGUAGAAGUGGGAGAUAAAGGCUUCAAGAUCACACAUCUCCAAUAUGCAGAUGACACUCUGCUGUUCGGCACAGCUAUUGAGGAAAAUGUAUGGGCUAUGAAGAGCAUCUUGAGGACAUUCGAGCUGGUAUCGGGGCUAAAGAUAAACUUUAACAAAAGUCAGCUCAUUGGCAUUGGAGAGUGGGAAGCUUUCAUUUUGGAACCAGUGCUGGAGGGCGUGACCAGAAAACUAUCCACAUGGAAAGGGAGAUACUUAUCUCUAGGAGGAAGGAUCACUCUCAUUCACUCAGUACUGUCCAGUCUGCCCGUGUUUUGGAUGUCCAUGUACGUGAUCCCGAAAGGUACAAUUCUAUUUCUUGAUAAAAUCCGUAGGAGAUUUUUAUGGGGAGGAGUUGAGGGAGGAAAGAAAAUAAAUUGGGUUAGAUGGGACAAGGUUUGUAGGGACAAAGAGCAAGGGGGGUUAGGUGUGAAGGAUUUAAGGAAGUUUAAUCUAGCUUUGCUAGGGAAGUGGUGGGGGAGAUUGGUUAACGAGGAGGAUGGAUUAUGGAAAGAAGUAAUAUUGCAGAAAUAUGGUAGGGUCGGGGAACCAAGAUUUAAUUGGUUAAGGAGGGUAAUGGUUUUGGGUCUAGAUGGUGGAGGGAUUUGUAGGUUGAAUGUCAUAGACCAUGAGAAUGAGGGUUGCUGGAUAUGGAAACUGCAGUGGAGGAGAAGGUUAUAUAGCUGGGAAGUCCAAGAAGAAACAGAGAUUUUGAAGGAAAUCCAGGAAACAACAAUCACAAAAGGAAAAACUGAUGUAAGGGAGUGGAUACAUAGUAACAACGGGUUUUACACAACAAGAUCUGCAUACAAGGCACUCACAUUGGAGCUCGAGCGGGAACAACUAGGAGUGACCCUUCAAAAAGUAUGGAAUGCAAUGGUGCCAAGUAAGGUUUUAGCAUUUUCAUGGCAACUUCUUCAAGAUAAAAUCCCUACAAAGGCAAAUCUUUUCAAAAGAGGUGGUGGGGAAUUAGAACAGCGCUGGACAGAGAUGGGUGUAAGGUAUUCCAACAGCAUCCUUCAGCUCUCAAAGUGGCAGAAUAAAAGAGGGCUGGAGAUGCAUCUGGUUGCUAGAACUGGUUCAACUAAGGUCCUUCAGCUGGAUGAAAUGCAGAAAGAAAGGAUGUCUUUUUUCAUUGUCCGAUUGGAUCCAGGACCCGGUAUCCUGCUUAAGAGGGGUUGCAGCAAAAAAAGGCAAAACAGGGUGACAAUACCAGGGUAAGCAACGGAUUUCUUAGGAAGGGGCACUCGACUAAAUUCAUACGUAUUUUGGGGGAAUUAGUUGCUGAAUAAACACAUAUAUCCCUG